CGCCAUGUGGCUCCGCUGCCGCCGGCUGCUCCGCGCCCGCUGCCCGCUGCCCCGCCCGCCUCCUGCCGCCCCCGGCACCGCCACGCUGUGGCCGGGCUGGGGCCGGGCCUAUGCCCCGCCGGGAGAAAGGAAGCGGUUUUACCAGAACGUGAGCAUCUCUCAAGGAGAAGGAGGCUUUGAAAUCAACCUGGACCACCGAAAGCUGAAGACACCCCAGGCCAAGCUCUUCACUGUGCCCAGUGAGGCCUUGGCCAUUGCAGUGGCAACAGAGUGGGACUCCCAGAAAGACACCAUCAAGUUCUACACCAUGCAUCUGACCACCCUGUGUAACACAGCGCUGGACAACCCCACACAGAGGAGCAAAAUGCAGCUGAUCCGAGCAGCCGUGAAGUUCCUGGAGACUGACACUGUCUGCUAUCGUGUGGAGGAGCCACCUGCCUUGGCAGAGCUUCAGAAGAAUGAAUGGGAUCCCAUUGUUGCCUGGGCUGAGGAAAGGUACAACGUGGCAAUUGGCUCCUCCACCAGCAUCCUGGGGCCAAACAUCCCAGCCAGCACCAAGGAUACCUUCGUCAGCCAUCUGGCAUCCUACAACAUGUGGGCCCUGCAAGGCAUAGAAUAUAUCAUCACCCAGCUGAAAUCUCUGAUCCUGUCCAUGGGUGUGAUUGACAGGCACAUUACAGUAGAGAAAGCCGUGCUUCUCUCUCGCCUGGAGGAAGAAUACCAGAUCCAGCGGUGGGGCAAUGUGGAGUGGGCCCACGACUAUGACCUGUGUGAGCUGCGUGCCCGUGCUGCAGCUGGGACUCUCUUUGUCCACCUCUGUUUGGAGAGCUCGACUGUGAAACACAAGCUGCUGCAGGACUGAGGCUGCUGGGCUGAAACAGCAGGAAAAUGCCUGGCUCUGAAUCUCUGGCAUGACCCAAGGGAUGGGAAUCGUCCUCCUGCCGUCACAUCUUUCCUGGGAUCAGCCUCAUGCUGAGGAGCUGUGACUUGGUGGGCAGCUCCUCUCUUGGGCUGCCUGUCGUAGUGCAGCACCAGCAGUUUUGAGCCCACAAGGAGGGAAGGUCGAGGUGAGCAUCCCCUGCAUCCCCAGGCCAGCAGCUCUGUCCAAUGCUGGUGUCAGUAACGCAUCAGAGGAGCUCCCACGAAGGAAACAGCUUCCUGGGCAGGGCACGGCACAGACAUACCCAACAUAUGCCACACGUCUUCAUAGCUGCCAACUCCUGACACACACUUGUUAUGGGAAUCUGAAAACAGGCUCCAUUGCAUCUGUUCUUCAUCCCUCAGCGUGCCUGCAUGUAACACCAGGGUCUCUCUCUUUGAUUAAAGGCACCUCCCUGCUAGAUCCUGAAAGCCAA